CCGAAUAACAGAUUCACUCCGGGGUGCUAGUCACUCAAUAGCAUUCAAACCAUUGUUGAAUGAUGGACCGGGUGCAGGUGCCAUGGCAUACAUGACCUGGAGAAAACACAUCGGGCAGGAAUGCCUGAGCGAGGAUGAACGAGAAAGGAGAGAUGCAUGGAGUAACCAUCCAAUCCAGUGUCGCAUCUGGCGACCGGGCUGGAUGCCUCAGGCUCUGUCAAGCGUAGAAGAACAGCCAAGACCUCCGAAGGCGGUCAGACGUCUAUCGAUAACCGUUUUUCAACUUUUUCCCCCUCCGCGCGAGCUUUGCGACGGGAUUUGCAUUCAGUCGUCCAUUCUACUUUCCGCCCUCCGAGUCUCGAAUUUCCCGCUGCGAUAACCCCCUCCCACUUCGGAGCCUAAUUGCUGCGCAACCAUGCCCUCCUCCGUGCACUCUCAAGACCAGGACCAGUCCAUGAUGGACGCCGCCGCCCCGGAGGACCAGUACGAGCAGGACGAGGUGUUGGAGAUGGAGGAGAAGCGGAUCGUCGUGCUCCCGGGUGCCACCGAAACCGCCGCUUCCUUCCAGUUCGAGGGCGAGGGCCAUACAUUGGGAAACGCCCUCCGUUAUACGAUCAUGAAGAACCCCGAGGUUGAAUUCUGCGGAUACACCAUCCCUCAUCCUUCCGAGACGAAAAUGAACCUCCGAAUCCAGACCUACGAAUCGACGACCGCCGUGGAGGCGCUGGAAAAGGGCCUAGACUCCCUGAUGGACCUGUGUGAUGUCGUGACGGACAAGUUCACCACUGCGCGCGAUACCUUCAAUGCCACCGAGGCGGACCGGAUGACCUCGUAGCGGAGGCGGUUACUUCUCCUUUCUUUUUUUUUCUUUUGCUUUUCUUCGUUUGAAAAAAAGUCGCCCGUUCUUGUGUAUAUGGCGUUGUGUAUAUUUAGUCGGUUCCUGUUAUGGGUUGAGCAUUUGUGUGCCCGGUCAGCAACUUAGCAUUGGGGAUUAUAGAAUAUUUUCCGUUUAGUCGGUUUACGUUGAUUUACGUUGCGUGUGUCUUGGGGUUGCGUUUUUAGGUGGUACUUGCUUGUAUAUUUUGGGAUCUGCGGGAGUAGGGCUGACCAUUGUCGGCGAGAGCUUUCAUGCUCUACUACCCAACAAAACACC